AUGCUGCGCCAGGUCGCGCGGGGACUGGCUGGCCCUGUCCCGCGUACCUUUACCUCCUCGGCCAGACGGCUCAACUCCGAGGGAGCGCCCGCAACACAAUCGCACAUGUCACAGCUGCUCAACCAAGUGUCACGACUUGAUGCGACUGAGAAACAACAUCUGCUUGGUCCCGAUGGUACUGCGGUAUUUACCAAGACACUCCGUCACCCCUUUGCGGGCUCCGGACCGGAGGAAUUGUCCACGCUGGAAGUACUGAAGCCGGCAAAGGCGAUACUCAAGCCGGAAAAGAUCAGUUUGCGUUCGCCAGCGCAUUCGUUCGCCGAAUUCCAAUAUCACUAUUUGCGUGACCUCUGUCGAUGCCCUCGAUGCGUUGACCCGCAUUCAAAACAGCGAUCGUUCCGAACUGGCGAUAUCCCGGCGAAUAUCUACCCGCGAGGUGUGAAAUGGGACGGUGUGUCGUUGGAAAUCAAAUGGGCCAAUGAUAUCCUCGAUUAUGGAGAGGACCACGUCUCGCGCUAUGAGAUCCAUAAGCUCGUCACCGGGCCUUACAACACCCACGAUAACACUUCUCGUGCCACCAAACCAUACUUGUGGGACAACGCGAAAAUGAUGGAGAUGGUACACUGGGUGUCGUUCGAAGACUAUAUGGGUAACGACGCGAAAUUUGCAGAGUCAAUGCGAAAUCUCCAACGCCUGGGACUAAUCUUCGUCAAAGACAUCCCCAAGUCUCGCGACCUCGUGAAGAAGAUUGCCGAGCGCAUGGGCCCGCUACGGAAUUCGUUUUAUGGAGAGACCUGGGACGUACGUACAGUUCCGGAGGCCAAGAACGUCGCCUACACAAACCAGUUCCUCGGAUUCCACAUGGACCUGCUGUACAUGAACGAGCCUCCUGGCUACCAACUACUCCACUGUCUGGAGAAUUCUUGCGAGGGUGGCGAGUCGCUCUUCGCAGACGCAUUUCGCGCUGCCAAAAUCAUGAAGCAGCAGUUCCCAGCCGAGUUUAAAAUUUUGAGUACUCGUUUGAUUGGGUUCGAAUACAUGCAUGAUGACCAUAUGUACAGCAAUACCCGACCGCUGUUCGAAGUGGACGAAUUGACACGCGAGAUUCGUAAUGUCAACUACUCCCCUCCAUUCCAGGGCCCGAUUCCCAAACUCGACCGCUCGGGCAACAACAACCAUGCCAAUUUCAAGCGGUGGAAGAACGCGAUGGCUACUUUCACUCGUUUACUCGAGAGCUCGAAAUCCGUUUACCAGCUGAAGCUAAACCCCGGUGAAUGUGUCAUCUUCGCCAACCGGCGAAUAGUCCAUGCGCGAAACCACUUUAAUACGGCGGAGGGAUCCCGAUGGCUGGCUGGUGCGUAUGUGGAUGAGGAUGCAUUGCUGUCCACCUUUGCCACGAAUGCGAAGAAUUUUCCGAAUGAAUGGAAGAGCAGUGAUCCAGCGAAGACUGGGAGAGCUUUGGAAGAGCGGUUUGCAAACGAAAGGAAGGAGCUUCACAAUGCGAGACGGGAGGAGUAUGUCCGCCAAAACAAGACUGAGGGACCCCAAGAACAAGCUGGCGAGACUCAAUAG